CCCGGAGCUGCAGCGGGACCCCCUGGAGGGGGUCGGGUGCGCCCCGUCCCGCCUGGGACCCUUUGCAGCACCAUGUCGUACGGUACUUUUGGCCAACAUAUCAAGCGAGAAGAGUGUUUCUGGCCCCCCUUGGAGCUUUCCUUGGCACAUAGAUCAGUGCUGACAAACCCAAACCCAGGUAGCCGUGCAGGAGAAGAAGGUCCUGCUGCCACGGAGACCAGGAGCAGAGGCGGCUUCCGGGGAAGGAUGGACCAGAAGGUCUUCCUUGAAGAUGUGGCGAGCUCAGACAUACUGCGCCAGUGUUUCAGGGGCCUCCACUACCAGGCUGCUGAGGGGCCCCGAGAGGCUUGCAGCCAACUCCACCGACUUUCCCGGGAGUGGCUGAGGCCAGAGCAACACACCAAAGCCCAAAUCCUGGACCUGGUGGUCCUGGAGCAGUUCCUGGCCAUCCUGCCAGCGGAGAUGGCGAACUGGGUGAGGGAGUGUGGAGCAGAGAGCAGUUCCCAGGCGGUGGCCCUGGCGGAGGGCUUCCUCCUGAGCCAGUUGGUGGAGAACAAAUUGGAAGAGGGGCAGGUGAAGAAUCUGUUUGUAGAUGUGGGACCUGAUUUCCCUGCAGCAGAGAGAGCUGUCUCAGGCACUGAACUGCGUCUACCAGAAACCGAGGUCAAGCGGGAGCGAGAUGGCUGCCUCUCCUUUCAGGGAGCAGGCAUUUUGGCAGAAAUGGAUACCCAUCCAACUCUUUUUCUUCAAGAAGGAGCGAAACUGGAUCAGGUAAGGGAAAGUUUCUCUUAGGAGAGAGGCAGCAACCAGCCACAACAUUCGAUUGUCUGCUCCCCUUCUAGGGGGCAAAUACUUAUUAUUUAUUAGAUUUCUGUCCUUCCCAAAGCUGAAAUGUCUCUCUGGAUGGAUUACAAAAUAUAAUUAAACAAUAGUGCCUAUAUAUGUAAUAAAGCAAUAAUAUUAACUAACAUUACAUUAGAAUCACAACAAUCAGACAGAAAAAACCCACAAUAAAAUAUCAAAAUAUCGUGAAUUAUUAAAUCAGUAAUAAGACACAAUAAAGAGACACUGUCGC